UACUUACUUACUUUCUUUCUUAUUUUCUUCUUCUUCUUCUUCUUCUUCUUUUUUAUUGUUAUUAAAAAUAAAUAAAUAAAUAAUGUCCGUUCAAGACGUGUACAACAACCUGUUCUCUACAUUUCACUCUAUGCGAGAGUACCUGGCACCUGUACUCAAGAACUCACGUUUCAAGGAUACUGGCUGUUUGACACCAGAAGAAUUUGUUGCUGCGGGUGAGUUUUUGGUUUACAAGUGUCCAACAUGGUCUUGGGAGGGUGGACUGGAUGACAAGAAGAGAGAUUAUUUGCCAUCAGAUAAACAAUUUCUGGUCACAAGAAAUGUACCUUGUUUGCGUCGUGCUGUGCAGAUGGAGUACACAAAUGAUGAUGUCGAGACUCAGUUGAUUCAUAACCAAGAUACAAACGAUGAUGAUGGCUGGAUGUACACUCACAGUUCAAGAGUUCCUACUGUAAUGGCUGACAUUGCACACACAAUGAUUGGAGAUGAAGACGAAGAAGAAGAAGAAAAAAAGGAAAUGCAGAGACGAUUAGAGAACCUGACAGUAAAGGACGACAAAGAAGAAGAAGAAGAAGAGGAGAUUCCUGAUUUGGAUGAUAUACCAGACAUGGAAGACACAUUUGAAGAAGAUGAUCCGGCCCGUGCAGACACCCAUGAAGUCAAUGACAAGAUUCUUCAGGUCAGAACUUACGAUGUAUUUAUCACCUAUGACAAAUACUAUCAGACACCUAGAAUGUGGCUCUUUGGAUACGACGAAGAACGUCGACCGCUGACCUCACAGCAAGUUUUUGAGGACGUUACACAGGAUUACGUCAAGAAAACUGUAACCAUCGAAACACACCCUCACCUCAACCUUAGUCUUGCGUCUAUUCAUCCCUGCAAACAUGCAGAGGUUAUGAAGAAGAUUAUUGAGCGUAUGGGAGAUGGUGUCAAUGCUGGUCUGGCAUCAAAUGAAGACACGGGUAUCCGUGUAGACCAGUAUUUGAUCAUCUUUCUCAAGUUUAUGAGUUCAGUCGUACCAACAAUUGAUUAUGACCACACAAUCAGUGCGUAAAAAUGAAAAAUUGAAAUAAUCAGAUUUAUAUUAUAUUAUAUUGUAAUGUAAAAUAUAUAUAUAUAUAUAUAUAUAAUAUGUAUGUAUAUGAAACAAAUGCUUCUUUAUUAUUAUUAUUACUAUUAUUUACAAAAGAAUGAAAGGAUAAGAAAUACAGGCAAAAUGGUUAUAG